CGGAAGCUGAGCACUGGGGGCCCAGGAGGUUGUAGAGCCAAGAGCAGCGGGAGGCAGGAUCGUUACAACCUGGCUUGCCAUGAAUUCUGGACGCCAGCGCCGGACACCCUUCAGCAUCGCAGACAUCCUAGGCCCGAGCAUGAUUCCCCGAGCACCUUCUGCGCCACAGCUUCCCGAAGCCAGCCCUGAUCCCGCGUCGCCACUAUGUGCGCUGGAGGAGCUGACAAGUAAAACAUUCCUGGGCCGUGACCCGCGGGCUCUGCAGCCUUCUGAAGGCAGAGUCACCCCAGAGGCGCCGCCGGGUUCUGGCGCUGGUGUCCGGAGACGCCGCAAGUCGCGUACAGCGUUCACUGCACAGCAGGUGCUGGAGCUGGAGCGGCGAUUCGUCUUCCAGAAGUACUUGGCACCGUCAGAGCGCGACGGACUGGCUGCGCGACUGGGCCUGGCCAAUGCCCAAGUGGUCACUUGGUUCCAGAACCGUCGCGCCAAGCUCAGGCGGGAUGUGGAGGAGAUGCGCGCCGACGUGGCCUCUCUAUGCGCGUUGUCCCCGGGAGUCCUGUACCACCUGACACUGCCAGACAGCGCUUCAAGCCCUGACCCUGACCCUACAGGACCUGAUUCUGAGCCCCAUUUAUCAGAUGAAGAGAUACAGGUGGACGACUGAAAGAAAAGCCCCUGCCAGCCCUGGAUUCCAGGACCCCGGACUCUUCACCUCUGCUGGGGCCUUGUCUGGGUUCCCGGGUGGAGGGGAGAGACCCACUUAGACCUGUUAUGUCCUUCAGUUCACACUCCUACUUUUUUUUUUUACUCAUUGAGAAUAAAACCGCUGCUCUGCAGCAAGGUGCCUCAAUCCUGGAUGUCCGCAGCCCAAACCAACGCAGUCUCCUACUCACUGAGAAAUUGGUUUUGCUGCCUUGCGGUUUUAAAACGUGGUGCUUCUUUUAGCUCUGGUAACAACCCUAAAAGGCAGGUGCCUGGCUCUGCUCAUCUUCCAAAAGAAUCUUGAGGUCAGGAUUCGGACUCGGGCAUCAGCUACCCUUCAGAGAUCCGACUGUCUCUCCUCUCCGGAGACACUGGGUGGAGAGGAAGUGGGCAGGACUCUAGCGGUGGCUUCCGGUCACCACCCUCUACCCCCUUCUGGCCACCUUUGUUCCCAAGACUGCAGACUUGGAGACCUCAACAGGAAACUUUAGGUUGUCCCCUAUGUGAUAACGGGUUUCUUUCCUUUCUUUUCCCUCUUUUUUCUUUUGAGAGACAGGGUUUCUCUGUGUAGUUUUGGAGCCUGUCCUGGAGCUCACUCGACC